CUAUAGGAUCCAACUUUUUAAGUUUUAAAUAAACGGAAAUUUUGUAUAAUAUUGAAAAGUGGUAUCUUCUGUGAUGCCGACAUUCAGUGAAAGGAAAACAGACCUGCAUAGAUACUGGAUCAUGUCUACGGUGCAGUGCGGUGCAGAACGCUGGUCUCGGGUACUGCUUCUACACCUCUUCAGUCAUCCUCUGCUGUGCAGACACGCAGUCAUCGUGUCGGGACAUCAACCACAGCAUCAACAUAACAAACUACAACAUCAACAUCAUCAACUACAGCAGGAGUCUGACGAGCAAAAAUGUUGCAUCGUGGAUGGAGCAGCGUACAGGAUACCCAUGCGCGUGAUGAGUCCAGCGUGCGCAUACGAUGCUCUGUGUGAUGACGUCAUUUAUUCAGAAAGCUCACCACCCUUCGGCCUGGUGGCGUUUGUGGUGGUGGUGAGCCUGAUCAUCAGUGUGAUGGUGGUGUGGUUGCCCCGGCUGGUUAUAUACAGAACUAAAAACCGACUCCUUGCGAAAAUUCAGAAACACUGUCGUCGAGCGUUGCUAUGUCACAUUAAUUAUGUAAAAUAA